GUGAGGCAUGGCCCAUUUCAACCAAGUCGCAUUCCGAGGCAGGAGUCCAGGCUGGCCGCGGCGUCCUUCAUCAGCGCGCGCUUCGCCUCUUGCCCCCAGAGACUGUAAUGGCUGCAGAUAUUGGGCGCUGGCACACGUUUCUUGUCCCUUGGCGACGUGUAGAACAGCAGGUUAGGUGCAUCAAAGACGAGGUUCGAUAUCCGCGGCCAGAUGUGUUGGAAGCCGUCAGCUUGUCUCAAGCACACGCGAUACCUCUGUUAACAAUUGCCGAAAGCACUUCAGCGUUUUCCUGAGACUUUAGUACGUAACCCAUUCCACAGCGUGCUAGGUGUGAGCGAGCGAUUAGUCCGACGACCGGUGACAGUUAGCCGAAAUGGCGGCAGCCGCUUCGGUCUCCUUCAGCACAAGCGACAGCAGCGGCGGCAACAGCGGCGGCAGCGGCGGCGAGUGCAAGGAGAGAAAGACGUACGCGUCUCGCCGCGGCGAUACGUCUCGCCUCGGCGCGUUCCAGCUGCCGUUCCUGAGCGCGGCGCCGGACUCGCCCCUCAACCCCUCCUCUCUCCUCACCUCCCCCACCGUCACCUCCCCCUCUGCUUCCGCCUCUGCUUCCGCCGCCGCCGCUGAUGCGACCGCCGCGGUGAUAGCAGAGGGGCUUUCCGCCGCGUCUUUCGCGCGCCGGCGCGCUCCGCGCCACGAGGCUUCCGCGGAGCAUCAUGGGGCGGACGCGGCGGGGGACUGGAGCGAAGGGGAUAGUGACUAUAACACGCGGAAGCAGCUUCUUGACGCGUACACGGCGGACGACGACGAGGCGACUGUGCGACGUCGCCUGGCGACGGAGGGGCUGGAGAUGCGCGACCUGGUGCCACGUGGACGAAUGAGCGCGUGGCACGCAGUCAUCGUGCUGGCCUAUCACAUGCUGCCGUACACGCCGCUCCCCUGCACGCUCGCCGCCCUCGCCUGCUUCUACGGCUACAGGGCGUACGGCUGGCAGGGCACGGUGGCGGUGGUGCUGCUGCUCACCUUCCUCCGCCUCAUCCCCCUCUACUACAACUCCGCCCUGCGGAAGAAACUCGCUUUCCUGUACGAGGCCAUGGCGCACUACAUGACACGUGUGCGCGUGAUCGUGCCAGCUCAGCAGGUGCCACGUGGCGGGUACCUGUUCACGGCGCACCCGCACGGCCGCAUGUUCUACAGCAGCAGCAUGCUCAUUCAGACGGCUCACCGCUGGAAGGACGCCUUCUGCCCGCACGGCGAGAUAUUCGGAGCGGCCAACAGCACGUUCUUCACGGUGCCUGUCAUCCGCACCAUGCUGUAUCUCGCCGGCGCCAUCCCUGCCAGCCGCGCCAGCAUCAUCAACAAGCUCAGGCACGGCGACCAUGUGGGCAUAGUGGUGGGGGGGAUCAGGGAGGUGUGUCUGGGAACCAACCCUCACACGGACGUUCUCUACCUCAUGAAGAGGCGGGGGUUUGCGCGCAUAGCAGUGGAAGAAAGAGUGGGAGUGGUCCCCAUGUACUGCUUCAACGAGACGCAGUUGUUCAAGCAUGAUCCGCUGUGGCUGCUACAGUUCUGGGCCAUGGUGAACCGCUAUUGGCGCAUUGGUGUCCCGUUUAUGAGGGGGGUAUGGCACAUGCCAAUGCCCUUUCGAAGGGAUUUGCUGAUCGUGGUGGGGAAGCCUCUCUUUCCCCGAGACGGGGAGACGGUUGAUGAGUUUCACGCGCGAUACGCGGAUGCAGUAUCAAUCAUUUUCCAUAGGUUUGUGGGGCUCUCUUCUCGACCAGCACACAAGCUGCUGAUCCGCUAGUAAACUGGAUUUUCACAUAAGGCUAGGUUUGUUUGGGGGGUUCAAGAUUGCCUUGGAAAGGUAAAUUUGUGCUAGUUUUGUAGAUAAUAAAUUUUGUGUACAGCCAAUAAUUAUCGAGGCCUUUUAGCGAUG